GUGCCAUGUCCUUCUUCCACCCACAGCUCGCAACAGGCAGGGAAGAGUGAGGGUCUUCAUGCUGCUCCCCAGUUCCCCCUAGGAUGGAUGUGUGUGGCUGGAGAGAAAUGGAGGUUGCUCUGGUCAACUUUGAUAACUCAGACGAAAUCCAAGAAGAGCCAGAUUAUGCCCCAGACUUUGAGCCCAACAGCCCAAAGGGCCAUUCUGGCAGCGGCCCCUUCUCCAACUGGAGGAUUCUCCUCAGUGACAGCACCACUCGUGAGACCACCUUCUCCAAGCUCCCAGGGGACUACGGGGGUCCCCCUGGCCCGGAGCCGGCAGCCUUGAAUGAAGGAAGCCAGCGGGUGAUCAUCAACAUUGCGGGGCUGAGGUUCGAGACCCAGCUCAGGACCCUCAAUCAGUUCCCAGAGACCCUCCUGGGAGACAGGGAGAAGAGGAUGCAGUUCUUUGACUCCAUGAGAAACGAGUAUUUCUUCGACAGGAACCGACCCAGUUUUGACGGAAUCCUAUACUACUAUCAAUCUGGGGGCAAAAUCCGGCGCCCGGCCAAUGUCCCUAUCGAUGUCUUUGCUGACGAGAUCUCCUUCUACGAGCUGGGCAGCGAGGCCAUGGACCAGUUCCGGGAGGACGAGGGCUUCAUCAAAGACCCUGAGACACUGCUCCCCACCAAUGACUUCCACCGGCAGUUCUGGCUCCUGUUUGAGUACCCAGAGAGCUCCAGCGCUGCCCGCAGCGUGGCCGUGGUCUCCGUCCUGGUCGUGGUCAUCUCUAUCACCAUCUUCUGCCUGGAAACGCUGCCGGAGUUCCGGGAGGACAGGGAGCUCAAGGUGUUGAGGGACCCCAGCCUCAACACCAGCAAGACUCUCCUCUCCCACACCAUGUUCACUGACCCUUUCUUCAUGGUGGAGUCCACCUGCAUCGUGUGGUUCACCUUCGAGCUGGUGCUGCGGUUCGUGGUCUGUCCCAGCAAGACCCACUUCUUCAAGAACAUCAUGAACAUCAUCGACAUCAUCUCCAUCAUCCCCUACUUUGCAACCCUCAUCACGGAGCUGGUCCAGGAGACAGAGCCCAGCAGCCAGCAGAACAUGUCCCUCGCCAUCCUGAGGAUCAUCCGCCUGGUGAGGGUCUUCCGCAUCUUCAAGCUCUCGCGCCACUCCAAGGGGCUGCAGAUCCUGGGGCAGACGCUGAAGGCGUCCAUGCGGGAGUUGGGGCUGCUCAUUUUCUUCCUCUUCAUCGGGGUCAUCCUCUUCUCCAGCGCCGUCUACUUUGCUGAGGUGGACGAGCCUGAGUCACACUUCUCGAGCAUUCCCGAUGGCUUCUGGUGGGCAGUGGUGACCAUGACAACAGUGGGCUACGGCGACAUGUGUCCCAUCACCCCCGGGGGGAAGAUCGUGGGCACUCUAUGUGCCAUUGCGGGGGUGCUCACCAUCGCCCUUCCCGUGCCGGUCAUUGUCUCCAACUUUAACUACUUCUACCAUCGUGAGACUGAGAAUGAGGAGAAGCAAAACUUCCCGGGAGAAAUUGACAAAAUCCUCAACAGCCUGGGAUCAAGAGCCGGCAGCACAGACUCCCUCAGCAAGAGCAAUGGUGGGUGCUCAGCAGAGAGGUCCAGGAAGUGACCUGCCGGGGUCCCCAUCUCUCCCCAUCUCCCACCCACCAGUCUCUCCUUC